AUGCAGUCCAGAUUCAAGGAAAGACUCUCCUACCAGACCAACCCACAAGAACUUGAGAAGUUUAUGAAGCAGAGCAAUCUCGACCACAGCACCAGGGCUGAGGAGCCCGAAAAGCCUGAGAAGCAGAUUUGUCAAGAGCGCACUGCUCUCCACGACGCAGCGGAGUUCGGAUAUCCUAACUUUGCUCUUACAUUCAUUGAACAUGGGGAUGCUAUAAAUGCUGUAGAUGCAAAAGGAUGCACUCCCCUCCAUAUUGCUGUACAAGCAGGACAAGAGGAGAUGGUGCGCCUCCUCAUACAGAGAGGAGCAGAUGUGAAUAUUAAAGACAACGAUGGACUCACCCCCCUACAUUUUGCGGUCGUGCUGCGGUCAGUGUCUUUGGCCCGCCUACUUGUGCAGGCUGGGGCAAACCCACGCACUGAGAAUGUGCAUGGGCAUACCCCAUUCCUCUUUGCUUACUUGUUUGAGGAGAAUGAGAUUCUCGAGUGUUUUGCCGAGACAAACCGUCCAAAACUUGAAGCAGUGCCAUCCAGCACGCUUCAUGGAUAUCUGGUCAAUAUGCGCCCUUUUGCCAAAAUGAGAUCCGUGUUGUGA